CCUUGUCCUGGCGUGUGAGCGAUGCACUGCUCUCGGUUCCUCUUAUAAUCCCAAUCGUGAAGCCCAUGCACCCCCCGGUUCCCCUUCGUGACUCUCUUCCUUCUCGGUUCUCGCGGUACAGUCGCGUGCCGAAUUGCGGAACGCAAUAAGCCAACUUUAGCUGCGCACACCUGACACACGGCACAAUAUUAAGUCACGAUGGCCAGUCUACCACCAGAAGCGCUUGCGCUGCUCGUUCCCGUCAAUCCGGUGCAGUACGAGAUCAUCGAUGCUAUCAUCACCUUUGCGGUCUAUGCGGGUUUUGCCAUUGGUGUCGUCUCCGUCGAGUGGGUCGCCAACUGGGCAAAUGAGAUCAGACUUCUCCGCGCGAACUGGAGGUGGAGCAACGCCCUUUACUUUGUUUGUCGGGCUUGCUCCAUCGUCCUCUGCGCCUGCAUCACGUACUCGCUUCGUGCAAGUCCCCACUGUCAAUCGGGUGUGUUGGCACUCUACAUUCCGCAGGCUGUCACUCACGCUGCCGGUGGCAGUAUUUUCAUUCUGCGCACCAUGGCCAUUUGGGACUGGAACAAAGUCGUGCUACUGAUGCUUGUCAUCAGUCUGAUGGCCACCGUAGGCUGCAUGGUAGGGGUUGGCUACACGCAGCUCAUCGCCACGCCCAAUCCGAUUGGAUUGCACAGCUGCCUCUUAUCCUUGGACCCGCACCAAGUAGUGACAUACUGGGUACCCGCCGUUUUCGACACAAUGGUUCUGGUCUUCACCAUCAUCGGUCUGCGUCGUAAGCCGGCGGGAGCGAUGCGCAAAAAGCUCCUUCAGCCUACCGUUCUCUGGUACUCUGUCGUCACCGCGUCUUACUGGAUCGUCGGUAUCUGGACGCUAACACUUCCAGACAAGGUGACAUUGUUCGGAGGGGUCUGGACAGCUGUUGUCGCACCCAUUGCAUAUUGCCGCGUCUUCCUUGACCUUCGUCAAGAUUCGCAAUUCGGCCGGACGAGCAACAAUCAGCACUUGGGCAGCAGCGGCAAUGGAACAAACUCACGUUCUAUCGGCCUUUUCAGCAGUCGUAGCGAGAGCAAGGGCAAACAAUUCGGAAGUCCCUCUUUCGAUCGUUCUUUUGUCCAGCAUCCCGAAGCCGCUACAAACAAUUUCCGAAAUGCCCCGCCUUUGGAGCAAAUCCACACUGAAAAGCGCAAUCGAUCUGGAUCUCAUCCGCAUGGCGCAUGGCAAGUGCAUAGCCCGCAUCAGCAGGCAAAUGGUGCAUCGAAGAUGGGUAACGACAUGGAGCAAGAAGGCGAGGAGGGAUUCGCACUCGAACAGAUUUCUGCACCAUCGCCUCUUUCGUCCAACCGACUCAGACAGGGAGAGGCUGCUGAAGCAGGAGGCGUCCGACUCAACAUCAAUACCGAGGUCUUUCGGAGCGAUCCUGACGACCAUCACUCGUUUCGGUCUAGAGACGCGCCACUUUCGGAUCUUCCCGUCGCGAUGGACACCCGUCCGAGCCCCAGCGCGCCUCUUGCGGAGAUUCAAGCUAGCCGCAACAGGUGGACCCGUGAAGCUGAUCGUUUGGCUUGACCGCACAACAUUCCUCUUCUAGCCCACUUCUCGCAUGUGACUCUAUGUCCAGAGAGAAGUUGAGCAUUACGAUUGCGAGGACUGUAAGCUUCGUCCUCUCU